AUGCAGCAUGGAGAUACAGAAGCUUCCUCAAUUGGUACACGUGUUAUUUUACCUUCUUCUUUCACUGGUGGUAGAAGAUAUAUGUUUAACAAUUGUCAAGAUGCUAUGGCAAUUUGUAAGCAUUUUGGUUAUUCGGAUCUAUUUAUGACAAUGACGUGCAAUCCAAAUUGGUCUGAAUUUCAAAGAUAUACGAGUGUUGAUGGUAUUCCAAUUGUUGAGCGUCCAGAUAUUUCAUGUCAAGUUUUUCAUGCGAAAGUGAAGUGUUUAUUAGAAGAUUUGAAAAGUGGUGUUUUCUUUGGGCCACUUAAUGCAGGAAUGUAUACAAUUGAAUUUCAAAAGAGAGGAUUGCCGCAUGCACAUAUUUUGCUUUGGCUUGAUGGGAGGAGUAGAUUGCAAUCAAGUGAAAUAAUAGAUGAAUUGAUAUGUGCGGAACUACCUAAUCCUGCAAAAUAUCCUCUGCUUUAUGAUGUGGUAACAAAAUUUAUGAUUCAUGGUCCGUGUGGUCAACUUCGGUUUAAUUUUCCUUGCAUGCAAGAUGGUAGAUGUUCUAAGUUUUAUCCUAAGCAGUUUGUUAAUGAAACUUACUUUGAUCAAGAAGGAUAUCCCAUAUAUAAACGGUGUGAUCUUGGUGUGACCUAUAAAACAUAUGGUGUUGAAGUUGAUAAUAGAUUUGUUGUGCCAUAUAAUCCGCUACUUUUGAUGAAGUAUCGUGCUCAUAUUAAUUUGGAGUUUUGUAACAAAUCGAAUGUUAUUAAAUAUUUAUUCAAAUAUGUUAAUAAAGGUCCUGAUCGCAUAACAGCAACAUUGAGUAAUAGUAAUAUUGGGAAUCAACACUCUCACGCAAUUGAUGAGAUUAGAGAAUACUUUGAUUGUCGGUACUUAUCUCCAUGUGAGUCUAUUUGGAGGCUUUUUGUUUAUGAUAUUCAUCAUCGGUGGCCAUCUGUUCAAAGGUUAAGUUUUCAUUUACCGAAAAAGCAACAUGUUAUUUUUGAUGAUCGUGACUCAAUAAGCUCAGUUUUAGUCAGGAAUAGAGAUUUGGUUACUAUGUUUAUUGCUUGGAUGUUAGCUAACAGGACCUAUUCGGAGGGAAGACAUUUAACAUAUGUUGAGUUCCCACAACAUUUUGUUUACAUUGUUGACAAUAGAGAAUGGAGACCACGACAAAGGGGAUUUUCAGUAGACAGGUUAAGUUUUGUUCCACCAUCAACUGGUGAAUUGUUUUAUAUGCGCCUAUUACUAAACGUGCUGAAAUUGUCAUGGCUUCAAUAA